UCGCCAGCAGUUUCCUUUGCGAUUCCGUAACCUUCAUCGGCGGGUAUGUGGCCAUUGAAUUGGUCGAUGCAAGUUGAUCUAGGUACCCCUGGAAAUUCUCGACGCUCUGACGGCCCUUCGCUGAAUUGCAUGGCCAGCAGGACAUUUCAAUUUCCUGAUGUGGGUUGUCGUACGACAGGCAAAAUUUGACUCUCUCUUUGGAAGCCAUUUGAACGUCCACUGCUCCCGCCCGUAUGUUUCGGGCGAAUUUAACGGCUGUAUUCGUCAACGUUAUUUUCUUGUAGUUCCCGGAUACCGUCGCCCAAGGAAGCAGGAUAUCAUCCUCAAUCUCGUACUCCCAUUGAUGUUGCUUAGCUUAUCAAGCAUCAUCUUCGGCUUUUUGCUUCUUGCUUUCCGCUCCAGCAGGUUCCUCCUCACAAGCAAAUCCCUCGUCAUCAUCAAGCGACUGCGGGACUGGUACAGGUUCCCUUUUGCAUCGAUGAUUUCCUGUUCGUCAUGUCGAACGAUCCGCAAGACUGUGGUCCUGAAGGUGCUUGGAAGCCCCAUCGUUGCAAGAAAUUCGGGGCACCCUGCUUCUCCGACGUGCCGUUUCGGUGCGACUUCUCGUUACGAUACUUCGUCACUUUUUUGCGAAUCUCCUCCAUGAUUUGAGCAGGUGUGCGAGCCGCACGGCGGGUCCCGCAGUCAGCCCAUGAAAUCUGUCUGAUAUCAACUCCAACCAUACGCUGGUGUGUACCCACCCCAACACGAGCCCAGCCGCUCCCCACGAAAGCAACAAAAUGCUCAGAACCUGCCACUUCGGCUCCCCUCUCCACAGCGCCUGUGGCACGCCCAGCAGCUGAACAUCCACCUUCUCCCCCGCCGCCAAUGACGCCGAAAGCAGGCGGACCAUGGUGAGAAACCCGACGGACC